AUGGCAAUACUGGAGCACUGCCUCACCAGCAUCUGGGCACACUGGGCAGGGAAGCCCACGCCUUGGCUCCGCCGAUCAACCUGCUGCGUCUUGCUUGGGUGCCAUCCGUACCCGGCCGUCGAUGCGGACGAAAACACCAACCUUGGCCUCUCGCUCUUCAGCUGCAAAGGGUCGUCUCUCGGCUCCCAAGUCUACGGCUGUGUGACGGCCUACGAGGAUUCGUACGCUAUCAUGUACGCCUGGUACUUCCCGAGAGACCGCAAGGGCACGUUCGGCCACUGCCAUGGCUGGGAGCACGCUAUCGUGUGGCUUGCGAGAAGGGGCGCCGAAGAUGCGAACAUAUCCUCCGUGUCGGCGUCGGUCUCGGACGGCAAGUACUUCACGAUCACUCCCCCUGACGCCGCCAUGGUGGAAGCGACGAGCGUCAAGUUCCAGUACAAGGCGAAGACCUUCAGCCACUAUGUGAACGUCACGACCGAGGCCGGCGACUUCCAAGACUUGGUCAUGUGGGAGGACAUGCCGGCCGCAGCUCGCACGGCCCUUAACCUCAACGACUUCGGCAGCGCCACGGUGCCGUUCAAGGAAGACACUUUUCGUGACAACGUGGAGGAAGCCUACCCGUGGUAG